AUGGAUUCCUUAAACCCUAGAGAACAACAAGAAUUUACUAGGCUCAUUGAGCAAAAACAAAUGAAAGACUUUAUGCGUCUUUACUCCAAUUUGGUGGAAAGAUGCUUUAGUGACUGUGUUAACGAUUUUACCUCCAACAAAUUGACUAGUAGGGAACAGACUUGUAUCACUAGAUGCUCUGAAAAAUUCUUAAAACACAGUGAACGUGUUGGGUUACGUUUCCAAGAACAGAAUGCUGCAAUGGGUCAAGGUCUUGGUCGCUAA